AUGUUGUCGCCGCACAACGUGCACAGGAAUGCGGCCCGCAUCCAUAAAUUCGGAGCGGACAGCUCUCAACUGUCCAACGUAAUGCGCGUCGAGAUUGCGCCGUUUGGCCAGAUUCGCGGGGAGCAGUUGUCCAAGAACCGAGCGCUUAUUGACCGAUCAGUUGGGUUGCUUGCUCCAAUCAACGGUUCUGAGAGGCGCUUGAGCUUAGGCUGUGGGCGCACUGUUGCAUGCUGCAAGACGGCGGCACUUGGCGGCCGCACGUCGCAGAAGGCAUUGCAGGUUAUUGGCGGAGACACAAUUGUUUUGCAAAAGGUGCGUGUAAAAAGGGAGUUCAACAAAAUGAUCGAUGACGGCUGGGCGUGGGAGAUCGUGCCGCGCGCCGUGGACGCGGCCUAUCCUCAGUUCGCCAUCGUAGCCCAGGAGGCUCUGAACACGCAGAAGCACAUCGGCACCGGGGUUGGCGAGCUGGAGGCUCGCGUGACUCUGGUCGGUUCGCUCCGCGACCAUGGUUUCAAGCUACCCCCAAAUUGGAGGGAACUUGCCGUCCAAAGCGCGCAGAGUUUGAACGUCCCGUCCGCCCAGCAUUGCGAUGCGCUGCUGGAGUUUGUGCUCAAUUACGGUGGCGGUGGCGAUGCGCCUAUGAUAUGCUUCGUGGAUGGCGUGGAAUGCGGUUGCAAUCUGAAUAUGGGCUCAACGUUUUGGCACGCUUUAACCUACAUGAGUUUCUCAUGCAAGACGAAGGCCUACCCAUUGAUCAGGGUUGCGCUCGCCUUGGCCAACAUGACAGGGGAUGAGGUGGAAGAUGGCGCUGCCCGCCCGCUGGUGAAAAGCGACGCGCGCAGGAUUACGCCGAGGAAGCAGAUGACACCAGCCGACAAGGCUGAGGAUAUAUUCGACCAAGUUGUCACGAUUGCACAGCCAGUUGGCGGGGUCGAUAAGUUUCUGGAGCCGCUCGGGCAGUUAUUUGCGAGGGUGGGGUUGAGGCUGACAGAUAAGGAGAACGCCAUCGUUGGCCAGAAAGUCGAAUGCGCGGAUUGGGGGAAUGGCAGCGAGUCGCCAGUGGGUGAGACUACGGCGCCCUCAACGAAGCCCCCGAAGAAGCAGGCUACGAGCUCUGCCAUAGCUGCCGCAGCCACGCUGGACGACCAUAAGAGCGCAUCUUUUAUCGCAGCAACGGCCGGGUUCAAAGUUGGCAGCUUCGCGCAGCAGAGAGGCAUCGAGACGGCGGGCCUUGAGAGCAUCUUCGUGAUAAUCAGCAUCGGUGACACGGUCGAGUUGCACCAGGUGCGCAAUUACUCGAGAACCCCAGGGAAAGCCUCCGUGGGCUUGGACACCUUCCUCACAGAGUGGCUCGUCAGCAAGCAGGGCCCCCCCGAGCAGAUGGAUGAUGGCCAGAUGCGGCCGACUCCCCUGCAGGUCAGGACUGCAAGCGGCAUUGCCAAGGAUCAGCCCGCGCUGGUGCCCGUCGCCUCCAUGGCAAACAUUACCACGAAAGCUAGCUCACAAGGCAGCUCCAUUCCACUUGGCGAAAACAAGCUGAACGCUGAUCAAGAUGCCGUGUCUUUCUUUGUGUCGCCCCUCGCGAAGCCGUCAUCCGUCGCGCGCGCCAACUGGUUCGAGCCGGAUUCGCUUAUGGCGGUUUUCUGGUGGGUGGGCACGACGGCCGACGAGACGAAAGCCAACGUGGCUCUUGGGGCGAUCAUGCAUAACGUCGUGAAGAUCCCAGUCCUCAAGAACACAGUCAAUUUGGCCCCGUCUACGAAGUUGCGCACCAACCGCGCGCCGAGGGCGAAGCCUGUGCCCAUCCUGGACACCGAUGCCGCGAAGAGCGCCUUCGCUAGCUGGCCGCUGCCCCCAAGAAGCGCGGACAUCGCCAUGCAGUGCGAGGUGGGCUUCCCCAGGGAGCAGAUUCGCCAGCUGAGAGAGGAAAACAAGCAGUUGAAGGGCGCGCCCCAGUGGGCCGUCAAGCAACAGAAGAAAGCUCACGAUAAGCUGUGA